AUGGCUAUCGAACCAAUCAGUGCAAAGAUUCGGGCAGCUCAAGGUGCUGGACGCCACCGACAAGGAUCUGGAGAAGAGGACCGUGAGCGACAGUUUGCGCGACAACCCGACUCUUCCAUUCCGGAAAAGCAAGAACGGGCGAAUCUGCUUCGACUUCGCAGUCGCAAAUACGCCGUCUCGAAUCCCAGCACUUCGUAUGGUCUUAUCUCCAACAAAGAAUGA